AUGAGACACCUCGAACCGGCUUCCCAGGCCCACGUGGACCUCAUGGAGAUCAUUGGUCUCCCGCUGUCCCCAUCCGUGUCCUUUGUCCCAGGCUACGGUGGCUUUCCAGCCUACAGCUUCGGGCCUGGCGCCAACGUGGGCCGCCCGGCCAGCGUCCUCAUCCCGCCCACCUUCUUCCGGGACUUUGCCAUCAGUGUCAUCGUGAAGCCCAGCAGCGACCGAGGCGGCAUGCUCUUUGCCAUCAUGGAUACCGACCAGACGGUCAUCCACCUGGGCCUGCAGCUCUCGGCCGUGGAGGACGGCCACCAGCGGGUCAUCCUCUACUACACAGAGCCCGGCUCCGCCGUGUCCCGGGAGGCUGCCGCCUUCUCCGUGCCCGUCAUGACCCACAGGUGGAACCGAUUUGCUGUGUUGGUCGAGGGCGAGGAAGUUAUCCUCCUGGUGGACUGCGAGGAGCACAGCCAUGCCCCCUUCCAGCGGUCCUCCCGGGCCUUGGUUUUCGAGCCCAAAACCGGGCUCUUCGUGGGCAGUGCAGGAGCCAGGAAGCUGGAGAAAUUCAUCGGCUCCAUACAGCAGCUCACCAUCCACGCCGACCCCAGGGCUCCUGAGAAGCGAUGUGAAGCCGAAGAAUCCUCGGCAUCAGGAGAGGCCAGCGGGCUUCAGGAGACAGAUGGAGUCACGGACGGAGUCGCUGAGAUCUUAGAAGCUGACACCUACACUCAAGCCCCGCCUAAAGAAGCAAAAGUUGAACCCAUUAACACACCUCCAACUCCAACCUUUCCCUCUGAGGAUUCGGAACUUUCUGGGGAGCCUAUACCUGAGGGGACCCUGGAAACCACCAACCUGAGUGCCAUCCUGAACAGCAGCGCUGAGCAAGGGUCUGGUGACAUCCUGAAUGACACUCUGGAGGAGGUCGAUGCUAUGAAUGGGGUCCCCGUCACAGACCCUGGCUCCGGAGAUGGGGCCUUCCUUCAUGUCACUGAAGAGAGCCCACACACUGAAGAAGAUUUGGCAACGACAGUAGCAGCCAGAGAACCCAAUGUGACCAUCAGCACUGCCUGGGACGUCGAAGUGGCCGUCAGCACUGCAGGGGAAGCCGAGGGGGGCAGUGUGCCCACCGGGGGCCCGGCCCUCUCCAUGUCCACCCAGGACCCGGGGGAAGGGGACACUCCAAGUCCAGAUACUGAAGAAGGCUCAGCAGCGAUAUCAAUGGAGGAGGCCGAGAUGCCCAACAGCACUGACAAGGAAGCAGAGGCCAGCACAGUGCCCACCAGGGAAACGGCCCUCUUCAUGUCCACGCAGGAGCCUGAGGAAGGGGUCAGUCUGGGUCCAGUCAGUGAAGGGAGUUUGACAACAGCAGCAGCUGCUGCAGAAAUGCCCCUCAGCACCUGUGAGGACGAGGAAGAGGAAGAGGAGGCCAGCAAGGCUCCCACCGGUGGCCCCCCUCCUGGCACACCCACAGCAGCCCCUGAGCAAGCGGUCACGUUUGGCCCUAGUGGUGAAGACCUGGUAGCAGCCACAAUGGGGGAGCCCCUGUCCAGGGCUGAGGCGGAGGAGUCAGGCAGCGCUCCCCCCGAGGGGCCCCCACUGCCCAUACCCACGGUGACCCCUGCAACCACGGUCCCUCCGGUCACUUCUUCGGUAAGUGGUGUAGAGGCGGGAGAUUUACAGAGGAGAGAAGGAAAGAGCUCACCAAAGAUCAAAGGCCCAUCUCAAAUGUCAGGAGGUCCCUGCACUGGAGCAGAGGAGGAGGGCUCUGGCCUGGGCUGGGGCUCGGAAAUCGGCUCUGGCUCUGGUGACCUGGGGCACAGUGAGGAGCUGUUAAGAGGUCCCCCUGGCCCCCCGGGCCCACCUGGCUUACCUGGGAAUCCAGGAAAACCGGGAACUGAUGUUUUCAUGGGACCCCCUGGAUCUCCUGGAAAGAAUGGAGCUGCCGGUGAACCUGGGCCCCGGGGCCCCAAGGGACCGCCUGGACCUGAUGGAGCCUCCGGCCGUCCUGGGACAAAAGGGGAGAAGGGAGCAAGAGGGCCUAAUGGUUCAGUCGGUGAAAAGGGUGACCCUGGCAACAGAGGCUCACCAGGACGCCCAGGGAAAAAUGGACAAGUUGGCACUCCUGGGAUCAUGGGACCCCCAGGGCCUCCUGGGCCCCCAGGGCCCCCAGGCCCUGAAUGUACAAUGGAACCUGAAUUUGAGUAUAUUGAAGGCUCUGGAACCAUCAGGUCACGGCAUGAACCCAGAAUCUCAGGACCAAAUGCUUCAAAUGGUCUCAAAGGAGAAAAAGGAGACCCGGGGCUCAAGGGUGAAAGAGGGAUGGAUGGCACCAGCAUAGUGGGACCUCCUGGGCCCAGGGGACCACCAGGGCGCAUCGAGGUCUUGCCUAGUUCUUUGAUCAACAUGACCCACGGAUUCAUGAAUCUCUCCGACAUUCCUGAGCUCACUGGGCCUCCGGGCCCGGACGGCAUGCCUGGGCUGCCAGGGUUUCCAGUAAGCAAAGCUCCCCGUGGAGACACGGGGCCCUUUUCCAACUUCAUUGAAAUGUUCUCUGAAUUGCAGGGCGAGAAGGGAGAGCCGGGCGCCAUCCUGACAGGGGACAUUCCUUUGGAAAGGCUGAGGGGGGAAAAGGGUGAACCUGGAGUCCACGGAGCCCCAGGACCUAUGGGACCCAAAGGACCGCCAGGACACAAAGGAGAAUUUGGCCUCCCUGGACGACCUGGUCGCCCAGGACUGAAUGGCUUCAAGGGUGCCAAAGGAGACCGAGGGGUCAUGAUGCCGGGCCCACCUGGCGUACCUGGUCCUCCAGGCCCCCCUGGACCACCGGGAGCAGUGAUUAACAUCAAAGGAGCUGUCUUCCCCAUACCAGCCCGGCCACACUGCAAGAUACCAGUUGGUGCGGCUCAUCCUGGGAAUUCAGAACUCAUCACCUUUCACGGUGUUAAAGGAGAAAAAGGAACCUGGGGUCUUCCAGGCUCCAAAGGAGAAAAAGGCGACCAGGGGGCCCAGGGACCACCAGGCCCUCCAAUGGAUCCAGCUUACCUAAGGCAUUUUAUAAACAGCUUGAAGGGGGAGAAUGGAGACAGGGGGUUUAAAGGAGAAAAAGGAGACUCUAUCGGCGACUUCUCUGUGUCAGGACCUCCAGGCCGGCCAGGAAGUCCAGGCCUGGCUGGUCAGAAAGGGGAGACUAUCGUUGGGCCCCAGGGACCCCCAGGUGUUCCUGGCCUACCUGGGCCACCUGGCUUUGGAAGACCUGGUUCUCCUGGGCCACCGGGACCCCCAGGGCCACCAGGACCUCCAGCUAUCCUAGGAGCAGCUGUGGCCCUGCCAGGCCCGCCUGGCCCUCCAGGACAGCCAGGGCUUCCCGGAUCCAGAAACCUGGUGACAGCCCUGAGGAGCAUGGACGACAUGCUGCAGAAUGCACAUUUGGUGACAGAAGGGACAUUCAUCUACCUGAGGGACAGCACCGAGUUUUUCAUUCGUGUCAGAGCUGGUUGGAAAAAAUUACAGCUGGGAGAACUGAUCCCCAUUCCUGCCGACAGCCCUCCACCCCCCGCGCUUUCCAGCAACAACCUACAUCCGCUUCGGCCUCCACUGACGUCUGUUUCAAGUGUCAAUUAUGGGAGGCCUGCACUGCACUUGGUUGCUCUGAACAUGCCAUUUUCUGGGGACGUUCGAGCUGAUUUUCAGUGCUUCCAGCAGGCCAGGCAUGCAGGACUGUUGUCCACCUACCGGGCAUUCUUAUCCUCCCAUCUGCAAGAUCUCUCCACAGUUGUGAGGAAAGUGGAGAGAUACAGUCUCCCAAUAGUAAACCUCAAGGGCCAAGUACUUUUCAAUAAUUGGGACUCAAUUUUUUCUGGCCAUGGAGGUCAGUUUAGUACACGUGUUCCAAUAUACUCCUUUGAUGGCCGAGACGUGAUGACAGAUCCUUCUUGGCCCGAGAAGGUCGUUUGGCAUGGCUCCAACCCCCAUGGAGUGCGUCUUGAGGAUAACUACUGUGAAGCAUGGCGAAGCGCCAGCACAGCAGUCACGGGCUUGGCCUCCCCGCUGAGCACGGGGAAGAUUCUGGACCAGAAAGCAUAUAGCUGCGCGAGUAGGCUAAUUGUUCUCUGUAUCGAAAACAGUUUCAUGACCGACGCUAGGAAGUAGUGACCUUCCCAUGACCUUACGUGUUCCCCAAUUUUUCUUAUGUGAAGAGUUGACACUGAAAUCUAAAAUGUUUAAAUGUUGUAAAUAUUGGUGAGGUUUUUUUUUUUUAUUAUUACACGUUCAUCACAACAGCAACCAAAGAAAACAUACCUCAAUACACUCAAAACUGAAGACAUCAACAACUCAGAUCAAAGAUAAACAUCUGAUGGGUAUAUUGGUGCUAGACGCUGCAGGAAACCCCAGGCAGUGCAAACACAUCCCAACGCGGCCGAGGGCACGUUGUAGACAAAAAACUUGGCACACUCCCGGCUGCACCCUUCAGAAAGUAAUUCCCUCCUUUCAGCCAUUGUUGUUGAGUGUAAGAUGUCCUUCAUGUUUUCUUACAAAGUCGGUGUUUAGAAAUAUUACCCCUCUUUAAGUUAUGUGCAGACCCAAUGCUUUAUUCUUUAUUUUACACCCAUCAUUUGCAACUGCUGUUCAUACAGAGAUACCGAACUGCUCAAAUGAUCCUAUCCGUAGUUUCUGGUAUUAUCAGAUUUUCAUGUUUUUAUUCUCUGAAAUAUUGUCGUCAUGCUUUAGGAGUUUUAUAUUUUUGCUACCAUCAUAUUUUAGUAUGGCAUCUGUUUAUAUCACUCUGACUUGCUGGAAAAGUGUAAACUCCCAGUUAUCUGAAACUAGAAGAGAAAUAACACGUAAUUCCUACCUUUCCCUUUGGUGGCCCUGCCCCCCACCCCCACCCUUAUUUUAUGAUUUCUCAUUUGGCAACUCUUGAAUUAUAACUGCGAUUGAACAAAUGGGUUCAUGAGGAUGACCUUUCUGAGAUACCUAUAUUUCAUGCUGUAUACUUUGAUUUUUUUCCAUGUAAGUGAACAUAAAAACAUCUUUUCCAGGCGC